CUGAUCAUGUGCUUUAUUUUAAAGUUACCCUUACUCUUUGUUUUAUCAGAUUCACCAAAGAAAACCCUACGAUGCUACGGUCGACUAUUAUGCACUUGGUGUUAUCCUGUUUGAAAUGGCCACAGGAGAAGAAGCAGAAUUAGCCAAAUGCAGGAAAUCACUCUAUCCAAAGAACAUUGACCCUGACCUUCGAGAUGUCAUUGAGAAACUUCUUAAAAAGAAUCCAAAAGUUCGCGGGACAGCAGUAAAAAGACUGCGAGAACACCCCUUCUUCAAAACAAUUGAGUGGAAGAAGCUGGAGGAAGGAAAGGUUACCCCACCAUUGUGGAUGCCAGAGUGCCCAGAAAAAGACACAAAUGAGCAAAUAGGAGUAAAGGAACUGAUUUACUACAGAGGAAAGAACGAGAAGAAAAUUGCAAAUUCGAAACAGAGAUUGUUUGAUGGCUUCAGCUUCAUGAGCAGGAAAUGGAAAAAAGAUGCUGAACAGGAAAUGAAAGAAUGAAGCGGCUGACUUUUGAGAAACGCUCACUAGUCCAAGAGUCUUGUACUGUCUUCAGC